GGCUGUGAUUGCACACAAAUGACCUCUUUCUCCUCCUCCUCCUCCUCCUCCUCCUCCUCAUGUAGAGCAACAGGUCCUUGUGCACAACUGUAAAAGGCUUUUGGUUCCCCAUACUUAGGGCCUGAAUUGUUCUGAAUUUUCUUCAAACUGGAGCAAUGAUAUUUCGGACUGCAGUAGAGCAUGCCAAGAGGCACCCGGGUCUCAUCCCCCAGUUCUUCUUCAUCUGUUUGGGAAUGGGCGGGGCGGGGCUGUAUCUGAUCCGACUGGCCAGAGGACCACACGUUACCUGGAACAAGACCCAAAACCCAGAGCCAUGGAAUAAACUUGACCCUACAUAUCAAUACAAGUUUGUGAACAUCGCCACAGACUAUGAAAACCUGAAGAAGAAUGGGCCCCAGUUCUGAAUCUCCAUAUAAACCUGAGUGGGAGAACGUGCUGAUUCAGGAUCAGAUCUAUUCCGUGUCAUGUGGCCCUUAUUGUUUUGGCAUCUCUGUGCCCCUAUGGUGUUUGUAAAGCACCCAGUGAUCUUAGUUAUGUGUUAGGAUGUACAUUUUUGAGGAAAUAAAGUUCAGUAGAGUUUGCAGAAUUUCUAUUUGCAGGUCCACAGGAAAGAUGCAACACACAUAAACAACUCUGCAUGUAUUCACUAUGUCUGCACAUUCAGGAUGUGUUUCAUAAACAUCAUGGCUGUUCUGAGUUAGAAACAGCAUUUACAUUUUACGUGUUUCUUAAGCCACUAUUGGCUUUAUGGGUACAGGACGGGUCAAACCAUAUGGAAACUGGCUCAAAAUUGCAAAAAAAGAUUCAUGAGACAGAAAGAUGGAGACAUUACUUGAGAGUUUGCAGAAUGGACCAAAUGGAAGAUGUGUUGACAGAGGACAGAGGAGCAUGGCCGGAGAUUUACCUCAUUAUUAUAACAUUUUGAAAUCCCAUCUUCCCUCCUUUUGCUGUGUGUUAUGUCAUAUGUAAAGGCUUAUUUGAUGGCUUCUAUGACCCACACAUACAUAUGUACAGUAUAGCAAUAGUUGUUCAUCAUUUAAAGAGUAUAAUAUGUAAUAAAGUAUGAGUAUAAAAAA